UUCAUAUCUUCGUAAACUCCCGCACACCGCCAUACGCUAUCAAGUCAAUUCGAAUUACCUAUUAGCUGAAGAACUCUACCAUGGAGCCACAACCAUUUCGCUUCCUCGACCUCCCCACGGAGCUGCGUGUCAUGGUGUACGAGCGACUGCCGCGUCGAGUCAAGAACGACAGGAUUCGAACCGGAACUCCACCUCAGGAUUAUGCCUCAACAAUAACCCUGAUCACCAAGUCGGUCUGCCUAUCCAUCCUUCGGGUCAACAAAUUAGUCAACGAAGAAGCGCGCCCUGUCAUUGAGACCAUCGCCCGGAAGUAUAUACUAGAGUCUCCGCCGAGGAUCAUAUCUGCUGCAUCCAAUUGCAGCCGUCUCACCGCCGUCGAGGAUAUCUUUAAGGUGAUUACCGGGUCGCUUGAGAUUGCUUUAGCCGAAGGAAAAGAUGCCGUAACGCGUGACCAGAUUGAAGAUAAGUGGCACCCUGACAACCCUCUACAGCUUUACGCUGACUUGGAAAGAGUUCACGCUUACUCAGGCAACGACCCCUGA